UAUAUGCUAGUUGUUUACAUAUAUUUUCACAAAUUACAAGUAACAUUCAAUCUAAGCAAAAGGAAAAUCAUUGUUUGAUAAGACGACCUGUAUUUCUCAUUCUCGACCUCAACAUGAGAUCUAAUCUUUUGUGAUAAAACAGCUACUAGUAGUACUACAGACGAUAAUUUCAUGGUAAGAAAAAAUGCGAGGAUCACGAAUAAGCCUUUGACUUUUAUUCUGGAUUAUUUGAUAUGGGAAGUUGAACCGUUGUCUGUUCAGUGCAAGCUUGAUGUAUUCCAAGAUGGCAGGAUGUCUGGUAGAACUCUACAUCUGGUCCAUGAAAGGUGCCAUGGAUAUCAAAGAUGCAAACAUUGGAUGUCAUACAUACUAUGACAAAGGAGACAUGGUUAACACUGGUUAUAUGGAUCAGAAGCAGCAGUAUUUUGAAAGUCGAGAUCAAGUUUGGACGCCCAAGAACAGAAGGCCUGACAAACUUAGGGAUCUCCUCAAAGAAGCAGAGGAACUUCUUGCGAGUCAUGCGAUUGUUGCUACACUCUGGCGAUCUCAGAAGCAUGUCCAGCUCCUGUUGAGUAACUGUGUGCUGUUAUCCAUACAAGUAGCCAGUCACAGUGGGGAUAUUGAUAGGCUGGUUAUUGAUAAGAGUCUGCAAGGGAAAGUUCCUCCCUCUAUCAAUCAUGCUGUCAUGACAACCUCCUUCAUCUUGUGCACAUGGAAUGAGAAACCUAAAGCAACCUUCAUUUACUUCAGUAAGAAGACAAAUCCUUCUGGAGACUCUUCCAAGAAAGUUGAGAAACUGUCCUCCUUAGAUCCCAAGUAUUCACAAGUUGAUCUCCCUGGCUCCAAGAACAAAAAACUGAAGAGAACUCUAUCUGUAAACAUCAAUCAAGAAUGGGUAUUAGCAUGGUGGGCCACUGCCUCUGAGACCUCUCUUCAGUGGGCCCCUCCUGUAGCCGCAGAGAAAGACAGAGCAAAUUUGUUUGUUUAUGCCGUCAAUGGAACCAAACUUGAAGAAAUCAGUUUUGUCAGGACUGAGAAUGAGCCAUUUGCAGUUGAUUUCAGCUUGAACCAGCCAAGACACAUCUAUACAUUAGAGGUAGCACCUGGUAGAGCCAGUAUUGAUACCUGUAUCUACGAGUGUUCAAGAAGUAGGAUACAAAGAGCAUCUGUGACUUCAAUACCUCUCAAAUCACCAGUUCUUACAUACGGCAGAAAUCACAAUGAAGAUAAGAUUAUACUGGGAUGUGCAGAUUGCAGAUUGGUGCUCUAUAAUGAAAGCAAGAGGAUAACACAGUACAUUCAGACUGACUUAGUUCCCCAGUUCAUCUCAUGGCAUCCUGGUGAUUCAGUCUUUAUUGUGGGAAGCACAGCAGGAAAGAUACAGUGCUUUGACAUGGCUCUGAAUACUCUGUUCUUCUACUCAAACUCUGAGCAGCUUGAACCCAAGUCUGUUCUAUCCUUAACAACUCAUUUCAGACUUGAAAGCCAUAUUGUAGAUUUAUCUUGGGCGUCGUCACCAUCAUGUUCCUGGGACAGCAUUCCUGACGCUCAGGACUCUAUGCUUAUCACUCUCAAUAGAGGACCACUGGUGUUGGUACAGAUGGGACUAGGAGUGAUGAGCCGAGGUAGCCUAGGAGCACAACAGCUCACCCAUCUCUAUCUGGCUAAUGAUCAGAUUGAUGAGGCCACCCAUUUGCUGUCUGCUUUGAACUGGAACACAGCAAGUAGUACCUGCUUUGCUUGUUUGUCAGCCAUAGUAAACUACCUGCUUCGUCUCCCACUCAAUGCAGUCAGAGAAGCUGCUCUAGAGACCAGUCUUGGGUCCUUCUAUGCACCUCUCCGACCCCUGUCGGAGGUCAUCGUUGUGGAGUAUAGGGAUGCAGUCAGCCGUCUUGCUCGGAGAUUCUUCCAGUUUCUGCUCAGAUAUCAGAGAUUUGAAAAGGCCUUUUUGUUAGCUGUUGAUCUUCAUUCAAGAGACCUGUUUAUGGAUAUUCACCACCUUGCCAUUGACAAAGGAGAAAUGGCUUUAGCAAAUGUAGCCAAGCAGAAGGCUGAGGAAAUUGAGCUGGAGAUGCCCUCAACAUCAGGAACAGAUGACUACGAUUCUGAGGAUUCCCUGAGUGAAGACGAUGUAACUGAUGGCUCGUAUUCAACUGGAGAAGAAAGGCAUGAACAUGAAAGAAAUAGAGAUGAAAGGAGGAGGGAUGACACAGAUGUCAAAGGAUCUCUCAGAGUAGCUGAACCUUUGGGACAUCUUCCCCAACCUGUGAUGAGCGGAUCAUCUGAUCAGGGUCAUGUCCCAGCUAAAACUAGAAAGUCCAGGAAGGAUGUUGAUGCUUGGCACAGAGCAGAGGAAAGAAUUGAUGAAGCUUACAGACAUGGUGAUGAUGUGGAUGAGAGCUUGUUGAGUGGAGCUAGCGGGCUAGCUGCCAUUCCAGGAGAUAUUUACACCAGAGUGCUAACAGACAACCCAUUUGGAUGGGACACAUCUAAUGGUGGAGGAUCGUCUGCUAGCCAUCCCAGCAGAGGAGCCGGUCAUGAUGUGGAGGAAGGACAGGAAGAAGCAGAAGUGGAGGAAACAACAACUCUGAAAGUGGUCCACUUUGGAAUGGUUUGACCAGAAAAAGGACUGGAUAUGUCAAUAAACUAUCUCGACAUGAAUGGUGAUCUGUAGCAUCCAUUUUCUGAACAGCUUGAAGGAGCAGGGAGAAACAAGAUGAAUGAAAUAAUACACCUCUCAUUGCAUACAUAGAGAGAUGAUUCAGGACAAAGAACUAUAUAUCUAGGAUUAAUAAUAAUAUUCAGCUUUUAUAUAGCGCUUAAUACAUCUCGGACGUCUCUAAGCGCUUUACAGAUAUACCAUUACUCCAGUCAUUGGAUUCA